UACUGAAUGCUGAGUGCAGAAAUAUCACAACUCACAACAUUGAACAAUCAACACAGGGCGAACAGACGUUAGGCUGGCCGUUGCUGCUACUGCUUGAGUGGGAGUUAGUAGUAGACGGCCUGGCUUCAAACUAAACAUUGGUGUACUACUAGCAUUUCCCGUGAUUGUUCCUGUACUGCCGCGCCAUGGCAAUCGCUCGCCCCCCUGGGAUGGACUUUGACCACAACUGGCCUGAGAGCACGGAAUGCCUCACGCUGGAUUUUGGACCAUUCGAGACUGUGCACAUGUGGAAGCCCAUGCCGGAGUGUGAUGAGUUUGUUGGGGCACGACGAAGCAAGCACACUGUUGUGGCGUACAAAGAGGCGCUGUAUGUUUUUGGCGGAGACAAUGGGAAGAACAUGCUGAACGACCUUCUCCGCUUCGACGUGAAGGACAAGUCGUGGGGCCGGGCCUUCACCACUGGGAAGCCCCCCGCCCCGCGCUACCACCACUCGGCCGUCGUGCACGAGAGCAGCAUGUUUGUCUUUGGUGGUUACACCGGGGACAUUCACUCCAACUGUAACUUGACCAACAAGAAUGACCUGUUUGAGUACAAGUUCAACACCGGGCAGUGGCUGGAGUGGAAGUUUGACUCCAGAGACGACGUGCGGGAGCCGAUGAGCGCCAAGUCUCACAGCCGCACCGUCGGCCGCUCCCAAAGGAUGCCGGUGGCCAGGGCCGCCCACGGAGCGGCGGUGUACGGAGGAAAGUUGUGGAUCUUUGCCGGAUACGACGGGAACGCUCGCCUCAAUGACAUGUGGACCGUCUCUCUGCUCGGGGACAUCAAGGAAUGGGAGGAGCUCCACCAGAGCGGUGACAUCCCCCCCACGUGCUGUAACUUUGCCCUGGCCGUGGCCCGGGACUGCAUGUACGUCUUCUCGGGCCAGAGCGGGGCCAAGAUCACCAACAACUUGUUCCAGUUCAGUUUUGAGGACAAACAAUGGACCAGGAUUUCCACAGAGCUCAUUCUCCGCGACACGCCCCCACCACCGGAGAAAAGAUACGGGCACACGAUGGUGGCGUUUGACCGUCACCUGUACGUGUUUGGGGGGGCCACGGGACAGACUCUGCCCAACGAGCUGCACUGUUUUGACCUGGACUCACAGACGUGGUCUAUCACUGAGCCAGCUCGCCAGGGAGAUACACCUCAGAUCCCGGCGGGCCGACUGUUCCACGCGGCGGGGGUUGUGGGCGAGGCCAUGUACAUCUUUGGGGGCACCAUCGACAACAACGUGCGCAGCGGAGAAAUUUAUAGAUUCCAGUUUUCCAGUUACCCGAAAUGUACACUCCACGACGACUACGGGAAGCUGCUGGAGAGCCGACAGUUCUGUGAUGUGGACUUUGUCGUUGGAGAGUCGUCGUACUGCCCCGACUCGGGCAAGCUGGAGGUGUUCUUGGUGGAUAAAGACCCCGGGGCCUUCGAGAUGAUUCUGUCCUACAUCUACACGGACAAGAUACAGCCCAGCGUCAAGGGAGCAGAGGCUUCACAUGGGCCGUCUGCAACAGCUGUGUGUUCAGUUCCUAGAGGCCAGCAUCGGGAUCAAGAGUGUUCUCUUUGCUCUGCACAAUGCCGCUCGCCUACAGCUGGACUUUCUCAAGGGCUUCUGUCUGCGGUUCAUCGUGAAGGAGGUGAACUACAACCAGAUCGUGAUGAGCAAGGAGUUCGAGACCUUGGACAAGCCCCUCAUUGUGGAGAUAGUCCGUCGCAAGUUGGAGCCGCCCGUACGUCUUGGAGACCCCCAGCCUGAGCCCCUGGCUAAUGUUCCGAUCCUUUAUGCCUCAGGACAAUGUCGUCAAUAUUGCAAUCGGCGAGAUGGUUCCGUCGAGACAAGCGUUCGACAGCCUGCGCCGGUACAUCUACCACGGCGACAUCGUCAUGCCGCCCGAGGACUCCCUCUACCUGUUUGCCGCGCCCUACUUCUACGGCUUCACCAACAACAGACUGCAGGCUUUCUGCAAGCACAACUUGGAGAUGAACGUCUCGUACCAGAACGUGAUACAGAUCCUGGAAGCGGCGGACAAGAUCCAGGCCACGGACAUGAAGAAACACGCCCUCAAUAUCAUCGUGCGACACUUCACAAAAGCAGCCAGACAAGCCUCGCUGCGCCGGCUCAGCCGGGAGCUGUUGCUGGACGUGCUGGACGCGCUGGCCGACGAGAUGGGCGACUCGCGGGUGUGCCAGGACCUGUCCGCUGUCAGCCUGACCGACUCCAACCUGUCCUUGUGACCUGUGACCCUGUGACCUCUGUCCUUGUGACCUCUGUCCUUGUCACCUUGUGACCUGUCUCCGUCCUUGUUUGCUCCUUCUUUCCUGUCAAACAUCUAUCGUCCUGAUCUCCCCUUCUUCUUUUUUGUGUAUGUUACUCUCUUG